GGAUGGAGGAUCAACACGGCAAAGUCCAGACUAACACCUUCCCAACGCAUGCCUUUCCUAGGCAUGGUAUUCGACACGGCGGAGCAGAGAGUGUUUCUCCCACUGGAGAAGAUUGCCAGGAUCCAGAGCCUUGUCCGUCAGCUCCUACGCAACCCCCAACCCUCCGUCCGCCUGGCCAUGCAGGUGCUGGGGUCACUUGUGUCCUCCAUAGAAGCAGUUCCCUUUGCCCAAUUCCACCUAAGGGCCCUACAAUGGAACAUCCUGGAUCAAUGGAACCGCAGCUCUCUUUCCCAGCCGAUCAACAUUCUGCCCAAGACGAGAGUGGCCCUGACCUGGUGGCUCAACCAAGCCCACCUGGAAAAAGGACGCUCCCUACAGGAACCCCAGUGGCUCAUACUUACCACGGAUGCCAGUCUCCAAGGCUGGGGCGCAGUCCUGGGACACCUUACCGCACAGGGAACCUGGACGGCUGCGGAAGCCCGCCUUCCGAUCAAUAUCUUGGAAAUCAGGGCGGUACGCCUAGCUCUCUACCAUUGGCAGAACCAACUCACAGGGCGCGACAUCAAGGUCCAAUCGGACAACGCCACCACCGUCGCUUACCUCAAUCACCAAGGGGGCACGAGGAGUCGACAGGCCCUCAAAGAGGUCAGCCGCAUUCUAACGUGGGCAGAAGCGAGGGAAGUCCGCCUCUCUGCCAUCUACAUUCCCGGCCUCGAAAACUGGCAAGCCGACUACCUCAGCCGACAACGGAUCGAUCCGGGGGAAUGGGCUCUGAACCCCGGAAUAUUCCAAGACAUCGUAGAUCGCUGGGGCCUUCCAGAGGUGGACCUCAUGGCCUCCCGUCACAACCGCAAGGUGACACAAUUCAUGUCCAGAUGCCGAGACCCCCUAGCGUUGGCAGCAGACGCCCUAACGACUACGUGGGACUUCGAUCUCGCAUAUGCCUUCCCGCCUCUCCCUCUUCUUCCAAGGGUCAUCAGAAAGAUCAGAUCAGAGCGAUGCACAGUCAUCCUGAUAGCUCCUCAUUGGCCAAGAAGAGCAUGGUUCACCGAACUGAUGGCUCUCAGCAGAUCAGAACCGUGGCCGCUACCUCAGACCCCCGAUCUACUCGCUCAGGGACCAAUCCUUCAUCCCAAUCCAGCCUUCCUGAAUUUGACGGCGUGGAGAUUGAGUCGAUAGUCCUCAGACGUAAAGGAUUCUCCCGUGACGUCAUACGCACCAUGAUGGCAGCCAGAAAACCCGUCUCUUCCAAGACCUACCACCGAGUAUGGAAGACCUACAGAGACUGGUGCGAAAACACUGGCCACUCCUUUCAGGACCUAUCGGUCCCUCGCCUCCUGUCCUUCCUACAAUCAGGUCUGGACAAAGGUCUGUCGCUAGGCUCCCUCAAAUCUCAGAUCUCCGCACUCUCUGUGCUCUUCCAACAACGUCUAGCCAUCCUACCCGACGUCUCCACAUUCAUCCAAGGGGUAGCACACAUUUGCCCUCCCUUCCGGGAACCUCUGCCCCCAUGGGAUCUCAAUCUGGUCCUUUCUGCCCUACAAACUCCUCCAUUCGAGCCGCUAGCCACCAUUCCCCUAGCCUGGCUAUCCUGGAAGACCGUAUUCCUUCUGGCCAUCGCCUCAGCUCGCAGGGUGUCAGAAAUCAGCGCACUGUCCAGUCAACCUCCAUACCUGAUAUUCCACGAGGAUCGAGCAGUACUACGGACCAUUCCAUCCUUUGUCCCUAAGGUGGUCUCGGCCUUCCACAUCAACCAAGAUAUCACCGUUCCAUCAUUCUGUCCUAAUCCGGCAUCACCCAAGGAGGUAGCGCUACACUCCCUCGACCCAGUGAGGGCCCUUAAAUUCUACCUACAUCGCACCCGAGACUUUCGAGCCACAACCUCUCUAUUCGUCCUCCAUUCCGGCCAUCGGAAAGGACACCAGGCAUCCAAGACCACCAUAUCUCCUCCCAUUCACAUCACAGCUCAUUCUACCCGGGGCAUAGGAUCUUCCUGGGCCUUCAGAAACAGAGCUUCAGCCGAUCAGGUCUGUAGGGCCGCCACUUGGUCCUCCAUUCACUCUUUCACCAAAUUCUACCAAUUCGAGAUCUUCGCAGCAUCUGACGCGCACUUCGGUAGAAAAGUGCUCCAGGCGGCAAUAAAUUAGUCCUCCUAUUUGACCUACUAUCCGCUUCUCCCACCCUGAGAGCAAGGGACAGCUUUGGUAUGUCCCCAUGGUCCCUGUGUCCCACAGACACCUGUUAGAGAAAAGGAAAUUUUGUGAUACUCACCGUUAAAUCCUUUUCUCUCAGGGUGUCUGUGGGACACAGGGCUUCCCCCCCUGGAAGCGGAUAAACCUUCUGAACUUCCUUCUGCCUACAUGUACAUAGUUUUCAAGUUGACUGUUACCUUGUGGUUCUUUGUGACAAAACUGGUGAAGGCAGGAAGUACUGGGGGGUAUAGCAGCAGGGAGGAGGGGUUAGUUCUCUUCUUCCUCUUCUAGUGUCCUGCCUCCUGCUGGUACC